AUGUAUCCAACAAGCAGCGCACCGCAAUAUCAGCAGCAGCAGCCGGCUUACGGAGCGCCUGAUCCUUAUGGUUUUGCUCCAGAAGCAGCCCCAUCCUUGGCGCCACCGCAGCCACCAGCGCCAAGUACUUCUCAGCCAAUGAUCAUCAACAUUCAACAGAACGCGUCCGCCCCAGCUGCGCCAUCUUACGGCGGCGCUCCUCCACCGCCACCGCCAGUGUCGAAUCCCAACCCGGGCAUUGGAAGCCGAUCUAGUCGAGGAGGCAAACAAGACAUGGGGCAACCGGGAGAAUAA